AUGCGUAUCAUGACCAGCAUCGCAGGGCACUCUACCAUAGAAAACUCUUCUCGCAGCAAACCUCAACAAGGAGGAAACAAGAUGCCACCUCACACGAACGUCGUAGCAGCGGCGAGCCAUGUCCGUCAAAUCUUUGAGACUAAGAAGCUCGCCUACAGUAUCAUGGGAGCAUUCGAGAUGUUAUGUCUAGGGAGCGGGCGCCCAGUAUCCGACCUAUACUUUGCAUAUGAACACAAAGACUCCAGUCGUAUCAAGAAAAGGCUCGAGGCAGAUCGACGCAUUGUAUUGACCGAUGGCAUGAACCCGUUGACCCCAUCGAAGAUAUUGGUGCAAACAGGGCCUGCAUACCAUGAUGUAGGAUGUACAAGCUCUGCAGCGGUCGAAGUAUACUUGCUGCCAUCAGGUUUAUACGGAACACCUCCAAGCGGCACUCUCAAAGACAACAUAGUCCUGUUGGGCAACAACACCGCAGGCAUGCUGAGGACUUUCAAAGGUCUCAACAUGUUGUACCUGGUCAAGUCACUCAUUGAGUUCUGCAAACUGCGCGACCUGAGCUGGAACCCUAUGGAGAACCUGCUGCUUCUGUGCGAGCGCUACGGAGGCCAGGUUCAAUCUGUUCGGAACCAGUUGGACCAGAAAGCGGCAUACCAAAACUUUCUCAACACACCCUUCUUCGCGGGCUUGUCUUGUGAUCAACAGCGCAGGUGCUAUCAAAUACUGACCGGACAAACACCACCGGCUACCACCACAACGAAUUUCUCAUUACCUCAGAAUGGCUCAUCGCGAUCGCGUUCUACCGCCGAUAUACCAAACACCCAGGCUAUCUCUGAUAAUGCUUCGCCAAAUAUUUCCCAAGGCCUUCGGCAAAUGGAAAGGGAGAGGCCUUCACUGAGACAUACCCUCAACAUGGGGUCUUCUUCUGGAAAUCCUCCUCCGAAUUCCUCGAGAUUACAAGAAGCUACACCGCCAGCAGGAGAUUCGAGAUCAAGAUAUCGUUCAAUCAGCACUAUCAACACUAGACGCGUGUCCAGUGGCCCGCAACUAAGUCUCAAGAUACCGAAUGAACCAGUCGGAGCCUCAUACCCAUACCGAAAAACUUCAGCGCCAAUGCAAAUUAUUCCGCCUCUCCCAGAGCAACCAUCCAAGCCAAAUACUCAAAUCUCCCCGAUACCCAAUUCUCUUCCGAGUAUUCAAACCAGACGCUCUCUAACAAGAUCCGGCGCCCAACGUGUAGGAUCACGCGGAUCGUAUAUCCCUCACCAAACACUCACUUCUGACCCUAUUUCCUUGCCUCCAAAACACCCCAAACGCCAUACAGCGGCCUUUGAAAUGUCCGCAACCCCAAUACAACUAAGAGACUCCCAAGCACCCACCGAACCCCACGAAGAAUACACAGAACAAAAACAAAAAAGACUCCAAGUAGUCGGUCCAAACGGCCUCUACCAACCCUCCUCUCCACCCCCAACUUCCGCCCUACCAUCCCCACCAUCCUCGCAUAAAACCGACUCACCACCCAACCCAAUCCACGAACUCGACUCCCUCCCUAACCGCACCCCCUCAUCCUCCUCAAACGACCACGACGACAACGAAGAAGAAGGCGAAGACAUCAUCACCUCUCUGACCGCAGACAUCGAAUCCGCAAUGACACCCCAGGCCCCACUCCCACAAUCCCUCAGCAUAAACAUACAAACCGCAUCUCCACCCUCAGUAAAGCGAAACACACUACCUGCAAGUUUGAUACCAGGCUACGCCAACACGCAAAGACCGUACACGCCACCAGAAGAUGAGGAAGCGGAACAGGGAUCAAAAGGACUGGUGUGGGACGGCGACACAACGGGUCUAGCGUCGCCGCCGCUUACGCCCGCUCCCCUAGCAGUCUACAAGGCGUACCGGCCGCCGCCGUUGGCGGUGGGGACGCGGAGUGCAAGCUCCAUGGAGGGAGAUGAAGAGAAGAGGGAGAGAGAAGCGCGGUGUGCUGAUCAAGAAUGGAAUCUAGGAGAGCACGCCCGGGCGUCGGUUGAGGAAUUGUUGGAUUCGAGUAUACUGGCUAUGGAGUAUCAGGCUGAGUUACCGGAGUUUGAUCACGGGUACGGGACUGCAUGA